AUGCCGACGGAAAGACAAUCGACGAGCAAGAGCUGCUGCACAACCCCGGCCUUUUUCUUCCCCACAAAGGGCAGCUGCACCAAGCCCUCGCCCUGGACCCGCAUCUCAGCUAGGGUCUCGCAGUCGCAGGCCGAGUCGACAAAUGCCAGCAAAGAAACAGCCAGCAGCUUCGCAGCGCGGUCCCGAGAGUCUGCACGGGUACCUGGCGAGAACAGGGCGGUUCCGUCGCAGUAUGCGGGAUCCCCGUCGCACAGCACUGCAUUUGUGGUUGCUUGGAAUAUUGAGCUUGAGUUCAGCGGCGAUACGCUGGGUGCAGGAGCUUUUGCCGGAAUUACCGAAGCCCAAGGACUGCCGACAGCGAGUAGGCUUGAGGCUGUUAAGGUGCAGACUCAGUUGAAUACUUCUAUCAUCUAUGUAUGCCGGCUGUUGUACCCAGGGGCCAGGGCCAAUGGCAGUGUGGAAGUCUAG